AUGUCGAAUGAUGAAAGGAUUAAAAACAACAACGACGACAAUAAUAAUAAUAAUAAUAAUAAUAAUAAUAAUAAUAAUAAUAAUAAUAAUAAGGGCGCUAAUUGUAAGGUUCAAAGGUCAAACCCGAAAAAGAGAAAAAUGAUCGAUCCCUAUGAAUACGCUGACGUUGAAGAUGACGCUGAUGGCUUUGGAAACACUAACAAUACUACUACUACUACUGCUAAUAAUAAUAAUAAUAAUAAUAAUAAUAAUAAUAAAACAAAGAAAAAUAAUUUCCCAGAAACCACAGCCCUUAUUGAUUCUCCCAGUAUAAUAAUAUUUGCCUCCCCGCCUCCAUUUCGGAUGGAAAGAAAAAAUCGAAAACGGCAGAAACCAAAAAAACUGAAUAUUUGUAAAAUUGGGAAAACAACAACAUCAACAAUAACAACAUCAGCAGUAACAACAACAUCAACAACAACUAUUGCCAUAACACCAUCACCUCGUUUCACUGGUUUAAAACAAUUGGAUCCGACUUUUACCGAAUUCGAUAGUUACGAGUUGAACAUAGUCUCGGACUCGCCAUCGCUUCGACUCGACUACAUAUCGACUUUUUGGGAAGAUUUGACCGAGACUCAGAAAAAAGCUGAGCUAGCCGAUCAAAGACAGCUGAGAAAAUUAAUAGCUAACAACAUGGCGGUAGUCGCAAGGAUGAAGAAGAGAAGGCUGGCUAAGGAGAAAGCUAACGAUGAUGUUGAUGAUGAUCAAAACAGUAAUAAUAAUAACAAUAAGAAUAAUAAGAACAAUAAGAACAAUAAGAAUAAUAAGAACAAUAAUAAUGACAUAAACAACAUUGAUAAUGGCGAUAUUAAUAAUCAAAAUCAACGCAUUGUUAGCAACAGCUUUGACCUUAGAGAAAACACCAACACUGCAGAAAAUAUUACCACCAGCCACAACAACACGAACAAUAAUAAAAAUGACGUCAUCGUCGACAACAACCACAGCAACGCCACCAAUAGCAGCUGUAGCAUCGUCCAAGGCGUCAGAGUGAAGAAGAUUAGCAGCCACAUAAGCAGCAACAACAGCAGCAGUAGUAACAGCAGCGGUACUAACAACAACGACAACAAAAACAUCAACAACAACAAAAAUGUCAACAUCAACAUCGACAACAUUUACAACAAAGUUAAGCCGGCAACGCUCAUGAGCUUUCGACAUUCCCCAACCCCAAACGACGGUUUUGAUGAUGAUACUUUCGGAAGUGGCGGCAAUGGUAAUGAUGUUUUUGGAGGUGCUGAUGGUGAUGACGACGAAGAUAGAGAGAAUGAAAUAAUUGAAAAACUGCUUCUGGAUGAAGAAGAGGAAGAAGGAAUGAAAGAUUGUGAUAAUGAUGAGGAAGAAGACGAUGUUGAUAAUGAUGAUAAAGACGAUGAUGAAGACGACGACGAUGAUGAUAAUGAUAAACCCCAAAAUUCCAAAAAGAAAAAAUUAUACAGUUACGAUUCAUACGAACUCGAAUGCGAUUCGGUAUAA